UAAAAUUACAUUUCAACUCGAAUUAAAAACUUGAAUCAGCGAACUGUGUAUUGAUUAUAAUGCCCUAAUACACAAUUUUCUCCCAUUAACUUCAAUUUAUCUGUAAUCGUUAAUUCCAAUGCAACUCUAUCAGGAGACAAAGACACUACUUUACGUAUAACGCUUCUCUCAUCCACGCAAAUGUAAUGCCUCUUGUCUAAGCCUCACCAACUUCUCCCUAUAUAUAGCUCCAUUGUUUAUGUACAAGUCGCCCAGCCAGCUCUUUCACUUGAUCAGUUUUUACUUUCUCCGUUGUAUAAACACAAAGUUGAAAAAUGGCUGCAACUGCAACUGUUGAUGAAGUCAUUGCCAGGACAGAGACGGUCGAGAUCGAUCCCAAAACCGGAGUGGCCUUGGAGUCACAGAAUGGAGCAGAGAAAGAAAAUGGUGUUGAGUUCGAGGAGGCCAAUGGUGUCAAGUGUGAGAAUGGAGCCAAACCUGUUGAGGAGCCAAAGGAGGAGGAAGCUAAUGGAGAGAAAGAUGGAGAAGUUAAUGGUCAAGUGAAGGAGGAGAAAGUGGCUCUGGAGGUUGAACCCAAGACUUUCCCUGUUAAACUGGAUGAUGGCAAAUUGUUGAACUGCAUUGGUUUGAGGAAGAAGUCCAUGCUUGGCCUUGGCAUCAAGAUUUAUGGCUUUGGAGUGUAUGCUGAUAAUGAGAAGUUGAAAGAUCUCCUCAAGUCAAAAAUAGGGAAAUCCCCGGCAAAACCCACAAAGGAGAUGUUUCAGUUGGCGAUCGACGGUGAUUUCGCCAUGAUGGUCAGAAUGGUCAUUGUCUACUCUGGCCUCACAAUGAGCAUGGUAAGGAAGAGCUUUGAUGAAGGUCUUGGAGCAUCAAUAAAGAAGUUGACUGGUGGCAAAAAGAAUGAGGACCUCACAAACAAGGUCCUGGGUCAAGCAUCAGAUGACAUUAAGUUAACCUCUGGUUCCGUGAUAGAGAUUUCUCGCCUACCAGGACACGUCCUUCAAGCAAAAGUGAUGGGAGAAAUUGUGAGCAAGGUUGAAAGUGAACUUCUUUGCAGGGCCUAUAUCCAUAUGUACUUAGGAGACGACCCCUUUGACAAGGAAGCCAAAGAAAAGUUCGGGAUGUCCCUGCUUUCUCUCUUCUAAGCUAGCGGCGAAAUAGGUUUGAGUCAAUAAGGUCCGAGUCUACACCUAGGGACUGGCCAAUUACUCAUUAAGAAUUAAGUGUUUUUUAUCCACAUAAC